CGUAUUUAUACACGUUUCGUAAACAAACGACAAAAGAGAAGAAAAACCGUUAUUUUUGGGAAAUUAAUGAAGUAUUUUUUAACUAAAGCUAGGGAUUUAAUAUGAUUCGUUUUUUUUCGCGUCAAAUUUCGACAAAUGCGCGUUUUUACAUGCAACUUGCAAAGAAUGUUCAGCAUAGACAUAUUUCUACAGGUUGCUCGGUGGGAACGAUUCUAAUCCGUUCACCUGUAUUAACACGGGCGCCGUCCGAAUUUGAAAGAAGUAUAUAUAAGUAUAAUUCAGAACUAUGGAAUGAACUGAGCGCCCCUUUGCCCAAGGAAUUUUACUUCAAAAAGGGAUCAGUUGGUGAAAAAGACUGGAAAACGAGACAAAAGGCACUGGAAGGAAAAGAGUCUCCCUUUCAAAGCAUUUUUGAAGAAGAACAUAAGCAGAUGGAAGAAAAUGCCCUUCCUGAUCCCAGCACCCAUUUACAACCAAGAACGACAGAGGCAGAUCAAGCUGGUGAUGUACACAGCACUCAACGUUGUUUAGAAAAGUCCCUUUUUCUAUUAAUAAAACCAACAAAAGAUGCAGAAUGGCAAUUCCCUAAUGUUCCAAUCGAGAGUGAAGAAAAGGCUUUGCAUACGCUUUGUCAAGAACAAUUACAAAACAUACUAGGCGAGCAAUCCUUAACCUGGUUUGUCGCCCAUCACCCAAUAGGUUUAAUUAAACAAGAUGAAAAGAAGUUGUUUCUUUUAAGAGCCCGGCUGGUGCACGGUUUGCGAGUUCCAAAGGUAGAAAAUGUUUUUGAUUGGGCAUGGACUAGUUAUGAAGAGCUACCUAACAGACUAUCUCCAAUUGCAUGGAACUCAGUGAAAGAUAUUUUGCAUGAACGAUUGUGAGUCAUACAUUAAUAUAUGAAAAAUAGCAUUCUCACUUUAAAGGCACUUCAUCGAUGAAGCUUUCUAUCGUUUGAAAACUGCCAAUACUGACCUAGUUCUACAUAUAUACCAAAAGAUAAUUUGAGUUUAUACAGCUACAGUUGAUAUCCCUUUAAUAACCAAUACAAGAAUGAAGUCCUUAAUUCUUUAUUUCUAUAUCCACAUAUUUCAUGCAUGUUAAACAUUCUGAAUGGCAUAAACAAACACCUACUUACAAAUAAA